ACAUAUCUCAAUCCAGCACUGAUCCAGACGCCAUUGUAUGCCGUAUGGCUAAAGAUUGGAAAAUAAAUAAUAUACCGGUUAUAAUAUUAACCGGUCUUUGUGCUUUUAUUUUAUCAAUAAACUAUAAUUUUACGUAAAUAUUAAUUGACAAUUAAGUUAGUUAAGUUGAAUAAUGAUGAUGGCUACAUUGACACAAUCUCCAUCACAAGAAUCAGAAUACUUUGGAGCUGAUAUUAUGAGUGAAAUAUCAAAUAAUGUUCCUGGAUGGAAUGAUUUGAUUGAUACCGUUAUGCCACGUGAUGAUAAAGUUGGUAUUCAACAAUACAUGAGUACAGAACAAUACAUUGAUCAAAUGCCAAUGCCACCACCAUAUCAUGGCAAUAGCAAUAUACCAUUAACUUAUAUACCCAGCAGAGAUGAUUAUCCUGGUGAUAGAAAUUUUGAAGUUAUAUUGAGCAAUGAUGUCACUGGAGCAAAUUGCAUGUUUUCUGCUGCAUUGGGUAAAGUAUUUAUAAAUACUGAUCAAACUCUUCCAAUUCGUUUUAAAUGGAAAGCAACAUCAACUAGUGUUUAUUUACGUGGUAUGAUUGUAUAUUCAAAUGAUCAAUAUCGUGCUGAACCAAUAACACGUUGUUUAAAUCAUCAAAGUGAAGAUACUCGUUCAAAUAGAAAUAUUAAUCCAUCAAUGAUUGAUCAUGUUGUACGUUGUACAGAUCCACAAACAGUAUAUGCUGAGCUUAAUAAUCAUAAAUGUAUUAUUGUACCACUUGGUACACCACAACAUGGUUGUGAUUAUGUACAUCUUGCAUUUAAAUUUUAUUGUAAAAAUUCAUGUGUUGGUGGUAUGAAUCGUCGUUGUACUGGUGUUGUAUUUACACUUGAGGAUGAUGAUGGUAAUGUAUUGGGACGUAGAUUUUUACCAGUACGUGUUUGUUCAUGUCCAAAACGUGAUAAAGAAAAAGAAGAAGAAGGUGUAUAUAAAAAAACAAAUAAACAAUUAGUGCAAACAGCUAAAAAAAGAAAAAUUACACCUAAAAUACAAUGUUCAGCUGGUAAAAGACCCAUGUCAACAAUGACAACAACAAUGACACAUUUAAUACCAGCACAAAUUGAUAAUCGUGAAUUUAAUUUAACUGUUAGAGUUUUGGGAAGAGAUAAUGCAAUUGCAACAUUAAAAGCAGCACAUGGUGCAAUGUCAAGUUCAGCAACUACAACUGAACAAUUUGCACCAUUUAAGCCAUAUCUUAGAGAUAUAGAAAAACACAUUGAACAACUACAAUAAUUUAAAAAUAAUAUUAACCAGUUUUUUUUUUUUUAAUUUACUCUUGACAUUUAUUUUUAUCAAUAAGUAUAUAUUCAAAAAAUAUUAACGUCUACUUUGCUCGUCGUUUUUUUUUGUUUUCCUUCAUUCUUUUUUUUUUUUUUUUUUUCAUAUAUAUCUAAGGUAAAAGUAAAUGGCAAUUUAAUUUGUGAUUUAUCCCAACUGAUAAAUAAUCAGUUAAUUAGUUUUAACUUUUUUUUUACUUAAAAUUAAGAAACUUGUAAUUUUUAAAAAUGAAAAC